AGUCCAACGUAAAGCAUUCUUCUCUCAUACUAUUAAUUUGAUUAUCAUCACACGCACAAUGCUGUUCUAUUCAUUUUUCAAGACCCAGGUGGGCCAACAAGUAACGAUCGAGUUAAAAAACGAUCUCGCAAUCCAAGGCACGCUCGAGUCCGUCGACCAAUUCCUUAACUUCAAACUCAAGGAUAUUUCUAUUACCGACGAAGAACGAUAUCCGCAUAUGCUAUCCGUGAAGAACUGUUUUAUUCGCGGAUCAGUUGUCAGGUAUGUCCAGUUGACGCCGAUGUCUGUGGAUACGGCGUUGUUGCAGGAUGCGGCAAGGAGAGAGGCGCAAUCUACGUCAGUGGUGCAGACUCAGCAGCAGAGUAGAACACAGGGAGUGGCUGCUGCCAAUUAGAUGUUUUUUAAUGGAUAGUUUACUAAAAAAAAUAUAUAUUUAUACCG